AUGCGGUCAGGUCAGUUGAGCUCGAAUGUGGGAGAUUCAUCAGAACCAUGGCAUUUGCGACAAGAGGAGGGCGAGCUGGGCUGGUCCAUUGUACCGCCUGGCUGGAUACUCAAUUAUGACCCGAAAUUCGAUGCCUCCAUAGAGCUUGUGGGCACUUUUGGCUCAUCCAAAGAAGAUCUCGUCAUGAUGCUCCUGAGACGCACCAUGGGAAGGUUCUCAGUGUGGGCAUCAAUUUGGAUGACUGAUGCCACGAAUGAGCUCCUGUAG